AUGACACCAUUGAAGUACCUGGCUUUAAUCGCUUUCACAAUUGUGCAUGAAGUUAGUGGAACGUGGACAAUAGAUAAAGGAAUAAAUUGUGAUGGCGUUGAAUACUCUGGCCAGAACCUCGAGCAAUUUCUCAACAUGCGUUGCUCUUCUCAAAGGCAAGGUUCGUAUGGUCUAAAUGAUUAUAGUCACCCAAGAGAGGCUUUAGACGAUGGAACUGGGAUCAGUUUAUAUUUCAUAAGACUCCCUACAGUAUCACAGGGUGGUACAAUGCAUUACGAUGUCCCAUCCACUUACUACCUUGCUGUCAACGAACACUGUGUUUUCUAUUAUGGUGCUAAGAUUAGCCAACCGCUUCGAGAUAAUCAGCUAGUGACAAGUAACCAGAUAGAGAGAUGUGUAGCAUUGACUGGAUAUUACUAG